GAGAGGCGGCAGCUUCGAGCGGGCCCAUGCAAGGCGUGGGGAUACCCUCCUGGUUGAAGGUCGGCGUGAGGAGGCGCGCCGAGAGCGACGACGCGCAGCACCGCGACAAGACACACCGUGGUGGCACAAAAGGGGGCAGCCAAAAGGAUCUGAAGGCAAACGACAAGUCGGACACGGCUCACAAGCGGCUCACCCUCAGCCUGGCGCGAGACACGGCCGACGCCAACGGCGCACUCUACCUGGACUACGAGCUCCCAGACGCAAGGCAGGGGCUCCCGCAGGCCUGCAAGAGUGCAGGCGCGGUGUGCAACAAGACUUCGUUGGAGAUGAAAGAGCAGGCCGAGUCAGGAAGCGCCCCAGACUACAAGGGGGGCGGGGGGGGGGGGGCACCGCGCCUGAACGUGGCGAUGGCGGCGAUCUUGUACGGAGUGGGCAAGGCCCUCAGCGAGCAGUCGAACAAGGGCGAUGUGGUGCUGCGCGACGAGAUGAGGCAGUUCUGCUCGGAGAAGGUGUGCAAGGCGGACCUCAAGGCGCUGGCGCGCAGCAUUCCAUACUUCCGUCGCAGGCUGUUGAAGGCGAAGGGCGACGAGGCGCCGAAGGCGAUCAUCAGUAUGCACUUUCACAAGGGUCAGGAGUUGGGCAAUGCGCUGGCCGCGCAGAUGGAGAAGCUGAUCAUCUUCGAGAAAGGCGAGUUCAUCAGCGGAGCGGCACCGAGGGGCCCCUUGGAGAGGAUGCUGGGGACGGAGGUCGGGAAGAGGGAGAGCGCGUAG